GGGCGCGCGCCCGCGGGGGAGGGGUGGAGGCGAGGGGAGCGAGGAGGAGGAGGAGGGCUGAGGAGGCGUCGCCUCGGAGGAGUCUGGCGGACCGCGCCAGAACCAGACAGAGCCUCGCGGCGGCCACAGCAACAGGCGGCGGGCUGCUCUCGGGGGCGGAGGCGGCGCUGGGGCUGGGAGCGCGAGGAGCAGCGCCGCGACCCCGCAGCUGCCGCUUCCCCGCCGCAUGGACGAGCACCUUGGCCCCCAGCACUCGCCGCCCGCCGCCCGCCACUGCGCCCACCCAGCCCAGCAGCCUGCGAGCAGCGGCGGCGACGCCCACUCCCUGCCGAAUCCCAGCUGCCGCCCCGAGCCCGCCACCGGCUCCGAGCUGCCGCCAGACAUGACCGUGGUGCCUGGGGACCACCUGCUGGAGCCGGAGGCGGCCGACGGCGGCGGGGACCCGCCUGAGGGCGGCGGCGGCGGCGGCGGGGGCUGCGACCGCUACGAGCCGCUGGCGCCCGCGCUGCCGGCCGCCGGCGAGCAGGACUGCUGCGGGGAGCGCGUGGUGAUCAACAUCUCGGGGCUGCGCUUUGAGACGCAGCUCAAGACCCUGUGCCAGUUCCCGGAGACGCUGCUGGGCGACCCCAAGCGGCGCAUGAGGUACUUCGACCCGCUCCGCAACGAGUACUUCUUCGACCGCAACCGGCCCAGCUUCGACGCCAUCCUCUACUACUAUCAGUCCGGGGGCCGCAUCCGCCGCCCGGUCAACGUGCCCAUCGACAUCUUCUCGGAGGAGAUCCGCUUCUACCAGCUGGGCGAGGAGGCCAUGGAGAAGUUCCGCGAGGACGAGGGCUUCCUGCGUGAGGAGGAGCGCCCCCUGCCCCGCCGCGACUUCCAGCGCCAGGUGUGGCUGCUCUUCGAGUACCCAGAGAGCUCGGGGCCGGCGCGGGGCAUCGCCAUCGUGUCCGUGCUCGUCAUCCUCAUCUCCAUUGUCAUUUUCUGCUUGGAGACGCUGCCCGAGUUCCGCGACGAUAAGGACUACCCCUCCGCGCCGUCACAGGACCAGUUCGAGGUGGCCAGCAAUGGUACGUCGGGCUCCUCGGCGGGACCGUCCAGCUUCUCCGAUCCCUUCUUCGUGGUGGAGACGCUGUGCAUCAUCUGGUUCUCUUUUGAGCUGCUGGUGAGGUUCUUCGCCUGCCCCAGCAAAGCCACCUUUUCUCGAAAUAUCAUGAACCUGAUAGACAUUGUGGCUAUCAUCCCUUAUUUCAUCACUCUGGGCACUGAGCUGGCUGAGCGACAGGGUAAUGGACAGCAGGCUAUGUCCUUGGCCAUCCUGCGGGUCAUUCGCCUGGUGAGGGUCUUCCGCAUCUUCAAGCUCUCCCGCCACUCCAAGGGGCUGCAAAUCCUGGGGCAGACGCUGAAGGCUUCCAUGCGAGAGCUGGGCUUGCUUAUCUUUUUCCUCUUUAUUGGAGUCAUCCUCUUUUCUAGUGCAGUGUACUUCGCCGAGGCAGAUGACCCCACUUCGGGUUUUAGCAGCAUCCCGGACGCCUUCUGGUGGGCAGUGGUAACCAUGACCACAGUCGGUUAUGGCGAUAUGCACCCAGUGACCAUAGGGGGCAAGAUUGUGGGGUCUCUCUGUGCCAUCGCUGGUGUCUUGACCAUUGCUUUGCCUGUUCCUGUGAUUGUUUCCAACUUCAACUACUUCUACCACCGGGAGACAGAAGGUGAAGAGCAAGCCCAGUACAUGCACGUGGGGAGUUGCCAGCACCUCUCCCCUUCAGCCGAGGAGCUACGAAAAGCAAGGAGUAACUCGACGCUGAGUAAGUCAGAGUACAUGGUGAUCGAAGAGGGGGGUAUGAACCAUAGCACCUUCCCCCAGACUCCUUUCAAGACGGGCAAUUCCACUGCCACCUGCACCACGAACAAUAAUCCCAACUCGUGUGUCAACAUCAAGAAGAUAUUCACCGACGUGUAAUAUAUGAUACAAGUGACAUACUGUGCUCAGUAUUGUGUGGAAUGUGCCCCCGUGGUCUGUGUAUGCCCUUGUUUUAUACAUUUCCAGACCAUUCAUCAAGGAAAAGAACACUAGGAAGUGGAAAGUGCACUUCAUUCUCCCUUCCCUUACUGCUUCAUACUGAAACAAGUGUCUGUUUUGCAAGUGGGCUGCAUUCUCUCAGCUCUUCCCCUCCCCUUUAAUAGUAGAACGACAAAUGGUUACUUUAAACUUGCUUUCUAGAACACUACCCUAGUGAAAACAAAAAAACAGUACAUCCUGGGGGGAAAUGAAACUGCAAAGCAGAGUUACCGUUUAACCUCAAAAUUAAAAGGCUGUUAUGCUUUACCAAGUAAAGCAGACAGGUGUUCAAAUGAUGCUUUAGUUGGGUGCACCUUCCAACAUGACUUACCAAAUAUUUAGCUCAAUUGUCUGUACUGUGGAUACGUGGAUGGAAUGUAUAAUUAGAACAAUUAUGUCUAAACCCAAGAUAAGUUUGUUUGAUUUUAGCUGGAAUUUCCAUUUGAAUUUCCUUCUCCAGAAAUUUCAAGAGUCUCUACAACUUUGAACAAAGGGAAAUACCUAAGUUGUCCUGAUCUGA